AAGCCAUCUCGCAGCGCCAUUACACUUUAGGGCAGGGAGGUUAAGAAGCCGGCAUGGCGCUCGGGUCAAUAAAAUCGAUAGCUGGAACCUGCCUGUAUUCUAGGCAGCGGCGGUGCAGGAGCGGCGCCGCCAUCUUCCCCGAAGGCAUCUUCCGGUGCCUGUCACCCAAGUUCCAGCGGGAGUUUCCUGAAUAACGGUGUGGUCGGCGUUGGGCCGCCUGACCCCUCCGGCGGCAGAUUCGGAUUUACUCCGGGCCUUCCCGGCCGGGCUCCCAGGUCUCAGGGUGCGCGGUGCCCGGGCAAGGCGGGGACGCAGGUCCGAUGGCGCCGCCUCCGGCUCCGCUCCCCGCGCGGGCACCCGGAGAGACCGGACCUACUCGGAGAAGGGGCAGGAGGCCAAGAGCCUUGAAGUUCGCGGACGUGGCCGUGUACUUCUCCUCGGAGGAGUGGUGCUGUCUGCGGCCCGCGCAGCGGACUCUGUACCGGGAUGUGAUGCGCGAGACCUACGGCCUCCUGGGCGCGCUCGGAUGUGCGGGUCCCAAACCAGCUCUCAUCUCCUGGUUGGAACGAAAUACCGAUGAUUGGGAACCGGCAGCCCUAGAUCCGCUGGAGUACCGGAGAUGGGUAACAUUCCAGAGAAAAACCAGAACCAGACAGAAGAAUGAAGAGAAGGAAGUUUUCCCACCGAAGGAAGCACCCCGAAAGGGGAAGCGUGGGCGGAAACCCAGCAAACCCCGGCUGAUUCCCAGGCAGACAUCUGGGGGCCCCAUCUGCCCUGACUGUGGCUGUACCUUCCCUGACCACCCCGCCCUGGAGAGCCACAAAUGCGCCCAGAACCUGAAGAAGCCCUACCCUUGCCCGGACUGUGGGCGCCGCUUUUCCUAUCCAUCACUGUUGGUCAGUCACCGGCGGGCACACUCUGGUGAGUGCCCUUACGUUUGUGACCAGUGUGGCAAACGUUUUUCCCAGCGGAAGAACCUGUCUCAGCACCAGGUCAUACAUACAGGCGAGAAGCCCUACCACUGCCCUGACUGUGGCCGCUGCUUUCGACGGAGCCGGUCCCUGGCCAAUCACCGGACCACGCACACGGGCGAGAAACCCCAUCAGUGCUCGAGCUGUGGGCGUCGCUUCGCCUACCCAUCUCUGCUUGCUAUCCACCAGCGAACGCACACCGGAGAGAAGCCCUAUACCUGCCUAGAAUGCAGCCGUCGCUUCCGCCAGCGCACUGCCCUGGUCAUCCACCAGCGCAUCCAUACUGGAGAGAAGCCUUACCCCUGCCCUGACUGUGAGCGUCGCUUUUCUUCCUCCUCUCGCUUGGUUAGCCACCGGCGUGUGCACUCUGGGGAGCGGCCCUAUGCCUGUGAGCACUGUGAAGCCCGCUUCUCCCAGCGCAGCACCCUGCUCCAGCACCAGCUCUUGCACACAGGCGAGAAACCCUACCCCUGCCCGGACUGCGGACGUGCCUUCCGAAGAAGCGGCUCCUUGGCCAUCCAUCGCAGCACCCACACGGAGGAGAAGCUGCACGCUUGCGAGGACUGUGGCCGCCGUUUUGCCUACCCCUCGCUGCUGGCCAGUCAUCGGCGUGUGCACUCAGGCGAGCGGCCCUAUGCCUGUGACCUGUGCUCCAAACGCUUUGCCCAGUGGAGCCACCUGGCUCAGCACCAGCUUCUGCACACGGGGGAGAAGCCUUUCCCCUGCCUUGAGUGUGGCCGAUGCUUCCGACAGAGGUGGUCUCUGGCCGUCCACAAGUGUAGCCCCAGCACCCCCAAUGGUAGCCCUAGACCUGUUAUAGGAGGGCUGGGUCAGAGGAGCAGUACCCUUUAGCAUGGCAAAGACUAUGGAAGGUCACUUUAGGGAGGGGUUCAGAGGUCACACAGAGCGGGAGCAGAACUAAAACCCUGGUCCCCUGCUCCACAUUCUGAACUCUGGUGUAGUCCACCACACUGGCUGCCUUACAGCACGCCUAGAACAGUUAUCAGGAGAGAUGAUUCCCUUUGAUUAAAGUUCUCCACGCUAACAUCUUAAAAUAACGUGGGUGUGUUUCUACCCCAAUCUCUGCAGGGCUGCCUUCUUAGUUUGUGUGUAUAGAAUCCAUUCAGUCAGGAAAACGAAAACCUCAUUUGUAGAGGGCAGAACCUUCCUGGCUCUGCCUCUGUCUCCGUAUCACGGAAAACCCACUCCUGCCAAGUGGUAGGCCGUUGCUGCAAACUGCCGAGUUCCCUACCUCACAGGGCAGCUCACCUCGCGGGUUGGUGCUAAUCUCUUCAAGGCUGUACACCGCAUUCUCCCUUGGAAACGUGGCCUGGAAAAUGUUUAGUAGUUUACCCACACGGUGGUUCUUCAGAAAACCUAAUCACAGCUACUUUGUGCCCAAGUAGGUCACCUUUGUGCGCAUGUGUGUGUGUGUGUGAGAGAGAUGGUGGUCUCACUACCACAAGUGAUUCUCCCGCCUCAGCUUUCUGAGUGGUUGGGGGCUGGUGCCAGCACAUCUGGCUCUGGUUAAGCAUUCUUUAAAAAAAAAGUGUAUAUACAUAUUUAAAAGAUGUAUUUAUUAUUAUUUUAUGUGUUUGAUGUUUUGCCUGCAUGUGUAUCUAUGCACCAUGCUUGGGCCUGGUGCCCAAGAGAUGCCAGAUGAGGGCAUCAUAUUCCCUGGAGCUGGAGUUGGGAGCCUCCAUGGCUGCGGCUGCUGGGAAUGGAACCCCAGGCCCUCUGGAAGAGCACCCAGUGCCCUUAACCGCUGAAGAAUCAACGCCAGCCUCUGGUCAGUCAUUCUCUGGAGAGUGGCUCUCAGGUUCCCCGUGUGAACUCUCCAAGUGGCUGUUUUCAGUGCCUCCUCUUACAGAUCAUCCGAAACCCCAGCACCGCCGUGUGUCCAGGGAGCCCUUCAAUCUGCGGCGUUUUUAUUUACUCUGGGCAGCACUGAUGUGGGGGGCAGGGGUGCCAGUGUGUUUGUUGGGUUCCAGCCCUACCCUUUCCUUUUAGAGAUGUGAUAAAACCAGAUCAUCUUCACCACACUUGGGAAUUGGUUCAGGCUGGGUCUGAGGCACCAGCGCGGGAAACUGGGAGGUUUGACUACUUUGUUCUUGUUCUUGUUUUUGGUGUUUUUUUUUUUUGUUUUUUUGAGACAGGGUUUCUCAGUGUAACCCUGGCUGUCCUAGUACUUACUCUGUAGACGAGGCUGGCCUCAAACUCACAGAGAUCCUCCUGCCUCUGCCCUGCCUCCUGAGUGAUGGGAUUAAAGGCUUGUGCCACUACCAACCGGCGAGAGGUUGGAUUUGAAGAAACAGUGGGGGACCAGAAUCUAGCAGCAAGAGGUAGACUUGAGUUUGCUACAGGUAGCUAGUGGCUGGGAAAAUCCCUGGGAACUGGGUCUUAUUUUUUUUUCCCUUGUUUUCAUCAAAAUAAGGAAAUAGCAUGGAACCUCCCAUGGGGCCCCAUUCAGCUUUUGCUCAUGAAUUAAAGUGAGGUCAUUCCAGGAGGGUAGAAGCCAUGAGAGCAGUGUCUAACUUUGUGCUGCUUCCAUGGUACCCACCCAAAGAGCUGCUCAGUAAAACUUGACUACCCUCUUGCCCUCAGCAGCUGCACCAGAGUGGAAUUUCUAAACACGACUUAGCAUAUUCCAACAGCUGAAGCGUGUCAUCCUGCAGUUGCCUCUUCCCACAAUGCAUCUGCUCUCAGCACUAGGUAGGGAGCAGAUGGAACACACCAAUUUGUAAUUACCUCUAUUUAGGUGUUUGGCAAGCCGAUUGUAACCAUUCAUUUCUUCGUGGAUAAUGAGUGCCCUCUGGGCAGGGGCCUUGACAGAUAGAAUUUCAUUAAAAUAUUUAAUGGAUAAAUUCUUCUGGAAUUACUCUUCAUAAAAUGUGAAUUUAGCUCUUCGGACGAGAAAUUCCCUGUUAUGAUGAAGAUUGAAUGCCUUAGCCCGAGUAGCCUGCCUUUCCCUAGCCACGACUUAGGCUGUCUGCCAAGUCUUCACCAUUCGAACUGCCGGUGUGUUACCGACUAGUGAAGUAAGCCCUCAGUCAGGAAUUUUACAGUGCUACUGGGCUCAGUUUGUAACCCAAAGAUGUGGAAGCCAUCAUGGUUAGCUUCCAUUGUGUCCAUGGAGAGCAGAGGGAAGAGCAGUAUAGGCUUCUCCAUUCCAAGUGUGAUUCUGGCCUGUUACUCAGUAAGGACCCCAGCAUCUUUCCAGGAAAUUCUUCUCCAUGAAAUACAUGGGGAAAAUCACAGUUCUGUUGAGAAGGUCGUGAUUCCUUUCCCAGUCCCAACCUCAGUUGCUCCUCCAGUGUUGUGAUGUUACCAGAUAUUCUUAGCAGUGAGUACCUUUUAUUCACCAAAAGACAAGCCAUCCAAGAGACUGUCCGCACUCCACUGCCCCCUACUGGCUCCCCAGUGUACCUACUAGUGCACUUGUUCCCGUCAGCUCUUGGGGGAGUCCUUCAUGUGCAACAUUCAUCAGUAAUAGCUUUGCCUGGAUUCUGUCCCACUUUUACACCCUCUAUUUUUUGACAGGGUUUCUCUGUGUAUCCUUGGCUUUCCUGGAACUCUAUAGACCAAACCUCAAACUCACAGGAUAUAUCUGUUUCUA